GGCGGGGCCUCGAGGAGUUGAGAACCGAAGUCGAGCGCGUCAUUUCCGUCUGCUGUGUAACCGAGGAGUCCCGCGGAGCUCGGGAGGGCGGCGAUUGACAGGUCUUUCAAAUGCCAUGGGAAGAGGAGUCAGAACUUACAGAGAGGGAUGAAGCUGCCAGAGUCAUUCAGAAGGCCUGGAAGUGUUACCUUAAUGUCGCUGUAUUCCAACACUAUAAAGGACUGAUUGAUAUCAGAAGACAAGGGGAGCCACGUCAGAUAGUGAAAUAUAUCGAUCCUAAAGAGGCAGAGCUUCUAGAUGCUGCUGCUGGCGUUCAUGUACGAUUCCGAUUAGGUGGUGUUAAAUUUCCACCUGAUAUAUACUAUAAAAUUUUCACUCAUAGACAUAUUGAAGAUCUGUGUGCUAAUAGCCCUAGAAAUUAUACAAAACUUCCAGCAAAAUAUACAUCUCAUAUUAAAAGUGGUGAUCUUCAGGAAGAGAAUCAUAGUGGCUGGUAUCGUCGUGUAGAAAACAAUGGUUGGAGGCCUGUCACCGAUACAUUUUGGAUGUCUACUGAAAAUGCAGAGGUAGGAGAAGAAAAAGAAAUUGAAUUCCAUUUCUCUAAACUGAAGAGAAGACAAGAUGUGGAAAAGAAAAGAAAAAUUAGAAAGAUAGAAUGGAUGAGGAAAAUGUACUAUGCAGGAAACCUAGAGGCUAAGUCAACAAAUCGUAGAACUCUAGAUUUAAUUCACACAGCAACCAAGGGGCUCAUGAGAGCUGUGGAAAGCGGUGGACUAGAUUCAGUGAUGGAAUGGGAAGUGGAUGAAGUGCUGAACUGGACAAAUGCCCUGAACUUUGAUGAGUAUAUUGCCAACUGGAAGGAAAUUGCUACAAGCAACUCUUCAGAUAACUUCAAAAGUUACACACUUGAGCAACCAUGGAAAAAAAGAUUUGACUAUGCAGAUAUAUCAGAGGAGAAAAUGGGAACACCAGAAGAUAAUUUAGAUGGAAAUAUUUAUAAAAAGUCAAAUUCUACUAGACUAACACCUGAUUCUACUUAUGGAAUAUAAAAAUGAAGUACUCUGCUUUUCUGAGCUAUAGUCCUUCAAGCCCGGAUUCUAUUGGUUAUAGUCAAGAGAGAGUUUAUUCUGUCCGGGAUGACUUGCGUUUUUUUGGCACAGAAUCUAUAUAGCUCAAUUAAGUAAGGAAGCCUAAAGAGAAGUAGGACAUCAGACUGAAUCCAAUGGUCAUGAAAAAUGUAGAAAUUACUCCUUGUAUUCUAACAAUCCCACUUAAAUAAAUACAUUUAGGUGCAAAAAAAUCUUCAGAUUGAUUUUCCUCUUUACCUCAAGCAUUCUUUAUUUGUGCAUUCAUGUCAGGCAGAGCUCUUUUCCCACUUAAAAAAAGGGAAUGGGACAAUGUGAUAAGGUCUCCUAUUGUCAGGAAAGCCAAAGCCCUACCAGAAACCCCAGCCCUUUUCACCUAAGGCAUCCUUGACAUGAAACUGGGUCACAGGGGCACCCUUAGCUAAAGAAGCUAGAAAGCAAAAUCUGUCUUUCAGCUUCCACAGGAGAGGAGUAAAGGAGUGGAGGUACCUGCUGGGUCUCCCACAUCCUCCAAGUCUAAAUUACUCUGUGUUCCCAGAAGCAACCUUUCCUACUACUCAUCAUCCCACUUUCCACACUGUAUCUUUACAAAUCUGUCUAUAAUCCAACUGACAGAGGCUUGUAUCCUUGACUACUGAAACAAAAACAAAAACAAAAACCAGCAUUCAGAGGAUCUACUCUAUAUUUAAGGAAAAAAUCAGAUUUAUUGUGAUAUAAUUUUUUGAGGUAGAAUUUCCCAUAUUGAGUGUUCCGUUGGAGUUUAGACAAAUGUAUACAUUCAUGUUAAUAUAACAUUCAAGACAUAAAGCAUUUCCAUCACCCCCAAAUUGUGCAUCCUUGCAGUCAGUCCACUCACCUCCCCCUAAACCCCUGGAAACCACUGAUCUC